CUCUUUAGACGUCGGGCACCCGCCCUCGGCAGCCACUCCACUUAGGAAUCGCCCUCCCCUCUCCCCGAGUCCCCGCGUCCCCGGAAGAGGUCGGGGAAUGAACCGGCGGCGGCGGCUCUGGCACCUGUGAGGAUUUCCUAGCCCUUCCUGCCCCAGGCUAUCCGACCGCCACUAGACUAGGAAUGGCCACUCCGCCCAAGAGGAGCUGCCUAUCUCCGGCGACCAGCUCUGGGGGAACCCGCAUCAAGAAAAUCUCGGUCGAAGGGAACAUCGGUGCAGGAAAGACAACAUUUGUGAAUAUCCUUAAACAAAUCUGUGAGGAUUGGGAAGUGGUUCCUGAACCUGUUGCCAGAUGGUGCAAUGUUCAAAGUACUCAAGAUGAAUUUCAGGAAUUGACAACAUCUCAGAAAAGUGGUGGGAAUGUGCUUCAGAUGAUGUAUGAGAAACCCGAGCGAUGGUCUUUUACCUUCCAGUCUUAUGCCUGCCUCAGUCGAAUACGAGCUCAGCUUGCUGCUCUGAACGGCAAGCUCAAAGACGUGGAGAAACCUGUAGUUUAUUUUGAGCGAUCUGUAUAUAGUGACAGGUAUAUUUUUGCAUCUAAUUUGUAUGAGUCUGAUUGUAUGAAUGAAACGGAGUGGACAAUUUAUCAAGACUGGCAUGACUGGAUGAAUAACCAGUUUGGCCAAAGCCUUGAACUGGAUGGAAUCAUUUAUCUUCGAGCCACUCCAGAGAAAUGCUUGAGCAGAAUAUAUUUACGGGGAAGAAAUGAAGAGCAAGACAUUCCUCUUGAAUAUUUAGAGAAGCUUCACUAUAAGCAUGAAAGCUGGCUCCUGCAUAGGACACUAAAAACCAACUUUGAUUAUCUACAGGAAGUGCCUAUCUUAACACUGGAUGUUAAUGAAGACUUUAAAGACAAGCAUGACAGUCUGGUUGAAGAGGUCAAAGAAUUUUUGAGUACUUUGUGAUCUUGCUGAAGACUACAGGCAGUGAAAUGACUCCAGAUACUUCAGCCUUAUGUGACUUUGAAAACCCAAGUUUUUAACCAUUUUUGUCCCAAGAAAAAAACUUUUUUCAUGAAUCCUAUAUAAAAUUUUAUGACCAGUUUUCUCUUCUCUCUUCCCUCUUCCCCCCUCUUCCAUCUUCCCUCUUCUUUCUUCUUCCUUAAGAGGAAUCUAAGGAACAAAAUAACUAAUGAGUAAAACAGAACCAGAGGCGUGGAAACAUGGAACAGACUGACAGGGGCCAGAGGGCAGAUGAGGGGAUAAUGGUGGAAAGAAGGGGAAGGGAUUAGACAGAGAACAUGUUCCAAUGACCCAUGGACAUGGACAAGUAUGGGGAUUGACUGUGGGAAUGUGGGGUGGACUCAAUGGAGGAUGGCAAAGGGGGGAAGAUCGGGACAACUGUAAUAAUAAUAAUAAUAAAAAAUUUAAAAAAGAAGUAUGGACAAUAUAAUAUUACAGCAACAGCCACCAAUUACCAUUGAGAAUUUUUGUGAAUGACCAAAUGGAUAAUUAAAUAUUGUGACAAGUCAAAAAAAAACCUCAAAGGACAUUUAGUUAUCAUUCAUGGCAAGUCUGGAAGUAGAUGGUUCUAGAAUCAUUAUAGUGGCCAAACUGUAUCAUAAAGGACACAGGAUCCUUCUGUCUUUCCCCUUUGUUAUCCUCCUUAGCAGGUUGGCUUUUUUCCUGGUGUUUCUCAUCUCACUGUUGACCAGUUCCUUAACUUGAUUUCUUAACUGGAAAACUUUAAUGUUACAUGGAAAAUGGUAAUGUGUCUAUGUGAAUUAGUGCAAAAAGCUGAAAGUGGAAUUUAAGGAAUCUCAAGAAAAAGAAUUGAGAAGUUGUAAGUACUUUUGAUCCACUGUGGUCCAUUCUACCUCAAUUUAUGUGGAAGAUAAGACCACGUUUAGUAUUUAAUAGAUUCACUGAUAUUUAUUAGUGUGUCUAUAAUACAUUCCUAGAGCAGCAAGUUAGGUUUUGUUCCCAUUUGUAAUGGAUACAUCUGUGCUGUGAGUGACACUUCAUCUUUUUGCAUGGUAUUUUGGAUGAUUAAAGAGGAAAUGUUUUUAUACUUAAAAGAUAAGUGAAGAUUAUUAUGUGAGUAAAUGAUUUAAUUUAUAUAGAGCUUAAAGUAGCUAACUACUUGCUUCCUUUUCAGACCUUUUUUUAAUGAGGAAAUAGUACUGUUAUAGUUUAAAGAUUGGUUUAAACUAUGAUUGUCUUUAAAUCAUUUGAGGCGGAAAUAGUUUUCCCUGCAUUUCUUUUCAUUUUUAUAGGUAAAACAUUAGUGGGACAUAGUAAGGGAUGAGCUUCUCCAUUUUACUCUUAAUGACUCUGCACUGGGAAUAAAUAUCUUCUUUCAUUACCUUUAUACUUUGUAAGAAGUCAAAGAGAAACUGAAGACAAGGUAGAUUACCUUCUUAGCAGUUUAGCUUGCUUAGUCCCACCUGUUAUUUCCUGCCUCCUCCUGGUUUCUCUACUGUCUGAACUAGGCAGCCUGCUAUUUUAAAGUCUCACACUUCUACUUUGAGAACAUUGUGAUUAAUCUUCACUUCACAGUUGGCUUUGCUUCUCUGUAGGGUUACACCUUAAGUUUUAUUUCUACUCCUUUAAGAUAAUUUACUGAUAAAAAUGAUCUUGCUUUGUAUGUUAUAUAUCUUGAAAGCAUUAUCAUUUUAAUAUAUAUUAGGAAAUAAAGAAGAAAAAGAAUAAAAUAGUUAACAAUUUUUAAAACUGCAUGGAUUCAUUUUAGUUCUUUGUAUCAUUACGGAUUUUUUCAAGUUUGUUUAGUUUAAAGCAUGAAGUGUUUUUUUCUAUGUCUUUCUGUUUCUACUUGACAUUUUAGAAAAAUUCUUUUUUUGAAAUGAGAAGAGUCACUUUUACUUUGAAACUGUUAUUUCCUAUUUAAAAAUGUUAUCUUUUGCUUCUUGAGAUAAUUUAGUGGGUUAAACAAUCUAGAUGUACUGAACUUUGAAAGGGAAACUGCAUUUCAAAUCUGUAAUCACCAUAUUUAAAACUCUCAUUCUAUAUGUUUUUUGUUUAGUAAACAAAAUCAAUUUGGUUACUAAAUUAAACAUUUGGUUAAUAAAUAAGUAUAGCCUUGACUGCUGUGGCUCUGUGGAGUGUUGUUCUGCAAAGUGAAAGGUCUCCAGGUCAAUUCCUGGUCUGGGCACACGUCUGGGUUGCAGUUCUGUUUCUGGUUGGUGUGUGUACGAGAGGCAACUGAUCGAUGUUUCUUUCUCACAUCAGUGUUUCUCUUUCUCCAUCCCUUGCCCUUUCUCUAAAACUAAA